AUGGAGGAGAGGAAUUGUAGGCGGUCCGGACCCUUUGGCGAGAAUUGUCUAAUAAGGGUAACAGCGAGAGGCAGAGAAGCUCUGGUUACUGAUUUUGGUUUGGCUCGAGAGGUGGUUGAACUUCCUGCAAAGGACAGAAAGCUUUCACUUGUGGGCUCUGCUUUCUGGAUGGCCCCUGAGAUGCUGCGCGGGGAGCCCUACGACCGCAAGGUGGAUGUGUUCUCUUUUGGAAUUGUUUUGUGUGAAAUUCUGGCUAGGAUCCCAGCAGACCCAGAAAUCCUUCCAAGAACACAGGACUACGGCCUGGACGUUUCAGCAUUUGGGAAAAUGGUCAGUGAGUGUCCUCAGCGGCUUUUAGAGUUGGCAGCCAGCUGCUGUCUGAUAGAGGCUUUCCGAAGACCCUCUUUCUCAGAGCUUCAAGACGAGUUGGGUGAAAUCGCUGAGACUUUGGAGGCUCCUCACAAUGAUCUCACCACAGGCUGAUCUGCGGCACAUCCUCUGGUAUCCCAUCAGCCCUGCAAAUGGACACAAGCAGCUGGAGUUCUGUACAUAGAUUUAAGCACAAUGACAAAUGCAGCAGAACUGCAGAUUUCUCUCUGGGCUGUUUGCUUUGAAAGAGCAAAUCAAGGAAAAGGUCGCUAUUUAUUAUGAAGUAACUAGAUGGCCUACAGUUCAACUCCGCACAGCUGUACAUACUAUAUAUUGCACAGUAUAUAUUAAUAGUAUACCAAGAGAAAUAUUGUAUCAGGUUCCAGCUAAAGUGUUUUCAUUAUUUCAAAGCUACAGAUUUUCAAACCUAUUGUUAUUCUUGUUUUGUAUAUCAAUCAUUUUAUAUUGGAAAAACAACCCUAAAAUAGGUUUUGAGGCUUCAGAUAACCAUUGAGAAAAGGACUAACUUGGGGGUCACAAGUUUUAAAUAACCAAAUAAUAUUUUCAUAGGCUUCAGUAUAUCGAUACUUGAUUACAUUUGUACAAGAGAAAUUUAUUUAUUUUGGUACCAACUGCCCAAAUAGGAAAAAAGUGCAAAAAAGACUUUUUUGAAAAGCCACAUAUUUGAAAAAUUAGUGUACUUUUCGUUAUUUGAAAAGCAAUUUAUACAGGAGCAAGCACUCAACUCAUCACUUGUGGUUUUGCCUCCACUGAGCUGAGCUGAGCUGCUGAUCUUUGGAAAUUCUCCAUAAGACCACCGCAGGAUGAAGCCCGUUUCCUGCCUGCAAUGUAACGAUGUUGCUUCUGCAGUGUUCUCAUUGUGGAUUGUGCUUUGAUUGUGGAGUGUUUGUGAAAGCAGUUUUUCUUUUCAGCAUUCAAAAGCUUAAAUGUUUCAUGUUUUAACACUUUUUGUCCAUUUUGGUGUACUUGUUUUCCAUGUGUUGUGCAUUUCAGUACUCACCAUGUAUCAGAAGAGCAAGAUGGCACCAGUCCGACUCCAAUAAACAGUGACAC